GUACACGGACCCGUCAGCUUGAUAAGGUGAAGCAACCUUGAGUAGGAGGGGAAAUCAGAGUUUGGAAUUGGAACUGUGGCACAGGAUCCGGAGUAGGAGUACGGAGGUGAAAAUAGCGUUGGUUUGAAACUAAAUUAAGCACUCAGGAUAAGUCCUCCAGAAACAGCAGGACAAAAAUCUAACUCAGGAGUGAUAAGGAUGGGUGAGACACCAGUCAGGGAUGAUGGCACAGUUACAAGGUCAGCUGAGUAUGUUGGCUCCUUUCCCGUGGAUGACUGUUGUUUGGAUGAUCAGAUGCAGCAGUUGCACACACAGCUCAAGUCUCUCAAAACAUGCAAGAAAAGGAGGUCUGUGUCCCUGAAAUUUUCCAUCAAAGGUGUGAAGAUGUAUGAUGAAGAUGAGACGACCAUCCUCAUGGCCCAUGCUCUACGAAGGGUCUCCCUUUCCACCGCCCACCCCUUGGACGCCCAGUUCGCAUUUGUUUCCCACAACCCAGGCAACCCUGAUGCCCAACUAUACUGCCACCUCUUCAAGGCUAGUCAUGCCAGAGCAGCCCAGUUCCUGAACCUGUUGCUGUGCCGCUGUUUCCAGCUGUCCUACCUGGAGAAGCACCCAGAGGAGGCUCAAGUUGAGUCUGCAGGCCCACUGCCCAACUGUACCCCCUCCCUCCUCAACCAGGGUUUCCCUCUCAGUGUCAGCGCCCUUGUGUCUUUCAGAAGGGCCCCCACUCAGGGCUUACUCCCAGGGGAAAAAGUCUUCCCAUUAAAGAACAACAGCGCAACAACUGAGGAACAACCAAGCAUCCAAGAAAACGUCAUCACUUCUCCUUCCCUGGUGCGCAAGAAAGCCAUCCGCAACAAAGUACUGCGCUCAGGGGCCUAUCGGUCCUUCACUUACACCCCUCACAAACAACGCCACCUCCAGGAUUGGUUUAACUCUCCACAAGGAAAGGGGCAGGACAAAAUGCCAGUGAGGAGAGCCCGGGCCCCGAGCCUAGCCGAAACAGAAGAAGCUCUGGCUCAAGCAGUGUGGUGUUGGGCCGGCAUCACCACUGACAGCAGCUCUUCCCUGCUUGAGGAGGACGUCCUGGGCUCGUACCUCCUGUGCCCGCAUCCUAAGAGACCUGGCUGUGGCUCUCUCAUCAUUCGUUUCUCUUCUGGCCUCAUCACCCACCUCAUAGACAACACCUAUAAAGGGACAUACCUGCUUGAGAACUGCCAACAAGAAUUCUGCACCAUUGCUGCUUUGAUAGAGCACUACACAGAGUUCAAGGAGGAGCUGGACUUUCCUCUGAGUUGUGCCCGUGUAAACCACUGCUACGAGUGGGAGGAGAAUGUUGGCAAGGCACACCAAAGCCUCAAAAGAAAGAAUGCAGAAUAUAACCAGAGGAAGCAAUGGGUUUAAAAGUAAUUUCUGAACAUUGGAUUGAUUGAUGUAUCCCAUUCUUUAAGAGACACUGACACCUUUCAUUUCUUUGCACUUAAAUACAAUACAAUUCAUUCACUUCUUUGCUUCAUUUAGGUUACUUUUAUUGUUUUGAGAUUUCUGAUAAGUAAUGCUUAUCACAAUUCACCUGCUAAAGGGAAGUUUGAUCGCAAGGGUGGAGCAGAGCCAUAUAUUUAGAUAAAUGUAAGGCUCUGGUGUGGAGUAAGAUGUUGGCACUUCGCCUGUGAUGUAGUUAUUUUUUUAUGUCAGUGUGUUUGAGAUGUAUAUUCUAUUUCAGCUGCACCUACUUUUUAAAUUGUAUACAUUUUUUAAAAGUA